AUGAAGAAGUAUAACGAUCCUCUCGCUCUGCUACCACUUCUGGAUCGUGGAUACCUAUCGCACCACUUCUUUAACCCCUAUCUUCGGAGUCUGUUGCAGAAAUUGCCGUAUUCCGAAAAGGAAGACCCCGGGUGUCUUGUCCUCGUCGAUAAUCAUGCUCGUGCUUCUGUGCUGUGCCGUCAAUGCUCCGAGGAGAGAAAGACAUGUAUCACUACCUCCGCGGGUAUGCUUGGUAAUGCUCACGAUUUCGCCAAUAUUCUCGAGUGGCAAGUGGUUCUGAUGGACUCAGACCAGUGGAAUGCGGAUGUUAAGCGUACUGUUCUCGAAGAGACAUUGAACCUGGCUAUCGCAUUUGACUGUGCGGAGUCGGCCCAUGCCCGUCAGUUUGGUCUGAAGGGAACCCGAAAGGCCGUUGGGGUAUGA